CCCAGCUGUUGACUCUCUUUAAAAAUUGUUAAGACUUUUUGAGAGCAUUGAGAGAAUUUUUUAUUGUAUCAUGCAUAAUUAUGGAAGGGCAUUAACAAGUGAUGGAUCUAAAAAAUUAGGUAUCUCUUCAUUUUAGAGAGAAGAUGGAAACACCACUGAUCCUCUUUUCUUAAUUAAAUAUGUGCGAAUCAAAAGAAAAAACUUUUUUCAAGUUAAUACAUGGUUCAGGCAAAGAAGAAGCAAGCAAAGAAGACAAACUCAGAGCCAAGGAAAAGAGAAAUAGGUUAAGUCUUCUCGUGCAGAAAUUUGAGUUUCAUGAAGAAACCCACCCAAGUAGAUCGGGGCACUUGGUCAAAGAAACAAGAGUCUCCCCAAAAGAAGCAAUGAUCUGGGGUGAAUCAUUUGACAAACUUCUUGCCCAUAAAGAUGGACUGGAGACUUUUACCAGAUUUCUUAAAACUGAAUUCAGUGAGGAAAAUAUUGAAUUUUGGAUUGCCUGCGAAGACUUCAAGAAAAUCAAAGACCCUAAUCAAAUUCUCCUUAAAGCAAAAGCGAUAUAUGAGAAAUUUAUACAGAGUGAUGCUCCACAAGAGGUUAAUCUUGAUUUUCACACCAAAGAAGUCAUUAGUAAAAGCAUCACCCAACCCAACCUCCACAGUUUUGAUGCUGCCCAAAGCAGAGUGUAUCAGCUUAUGGAACAAGACAGUUACACGCGUUUUCUGAAAUCUGACAUCUAUUUAGACUUGAUAGAAGGCAAACCUCAGAGACCGACAAAUCUAAGAAGACGCUCUCGCUCAUUUACCUACAACGAAUUCCAGGAUGUAAAGUCAGAUGCUGCCAUUUGGUUAUAAAAAAAAAAUCAUUUUUAUUUUAUUCAUUUUAUGGGUGGCACAUUUGUUCAUCUACUUCUAAGAUUUAAAAUUUUUCUGUCAACAAAUGACACAUCUUUUAAACAAACAAAAAAACACCAUGCAAAAGGGUUUUUAAUAUGUAAAUAAAAACUACUGUCCCAAUAAUACUAUUGUACCUACCAAUAAAUA